CAGAGCCUCCUUAUCAUGCCCUUGCUGUGGGUGGUUGCUAGGGGAACUGGAGAAGGAAGUGGAUGAGAAACACUUCCGGGGAAUGAGGGUUGCUUUCGGCUGGAGAAACUCAGCAUCUCACAUUGGUGAAGCGAGACUUGUGCCAUGGCUGCUGAGCUGGACUUCUCACCCCCUGAAAUCCCAGAGCCUACACUCAUGGAGAAUAUCUUACGCUAUGGCCUCUUCUUUGGUGCCAUUUUCCAACUCAUCUGCAUUUUGGCCAUCCUCCUUCCCAUUCCAAAGACACACAAAAUGGAUGCUGAAAGCUUUGAGACAAAAAGUUCAGAAGUGGUAAAGAAACCCAAAGCUGGCACUGCAUCAGUGAACAAGAAACCAAAAAAAGAAACCAAGAAGAAGCGGUAGAACAGCUUGAUGAUGACACUUUCAAGACACUUUCUUCAAGAUGAUAUUGUGAAAAACAACUUACAUGUAAAGGACUUUUGAUAAAGCUAUGCUUAUUCUUGUUUCUGGUCAAGAGGGAGGUACUUCCAAAAAUGCCUUGAGGAUUAUUGUUUCAUCUGAUCUGUUGUAAAUACGUAUAUGGUCUCCUGGACUUCUCUAUUGAGAGUGGAACAUCUUACCAAUUACUGGGGUCUGGAGAGAGCAGGCCAUCUCCUUUGUGAUGCUUUGUGAAAUGCAGAUCCCGUGAAAGGGUUCUUGGGCCCUCAGAAUGCUUUUCCCCAUAUUUUUAAAAGACAAAAGGAUCAAUCACUGCAGCUUAUUUUCUGUGUCGCUGAUGAAAGGGAUCAACCGCUACAGCUUCUUAUUUUGUAUGUCGUUGAUGUACUUAAUAUAUCUGAUGUUAUAAUCUAA